AGCAAAUCUAACUCGCUCGUGAUAUUACAGUCCUUUCAUCUAGUCUAGACUAGAAGAAACAUGAGGGCGUACGUGAAUGUGACGAUCACCGUCAUCUUGCUCAUCGGGUGCCUGGCGGUGAUCGGCGAGUUGGGUCGUGUCGAGGCCGGGAGAAGCUACGGAGAUGGGCGGCGGGCCGACGGCGGCGCGAGCAAGAUAUCGCUGAAGAUCUGCGUGCAUCGGGACUGCCACACCAAGGGUGAACCUAUCGCGACCGAAUGUUUCUGCUGCAUGAACUUGCCGGAGGCUCCGUGUUAUCUUCGGCGGGACGAAUGUCAGGCCAAUUGCCCCAACCUGCCACCCUCACUGCCCGCCUCCGCCGGCGGCGACGGAACCACCUACACGCAUGAACAGAUGGAUGGCAACUGAUGAUGCAGUAAGGUGGAGUAAUUCUCCAUACGUCCGUCAGACAUAACGGAUUUCACCCUUAAAUAGCUGCAUGUAUCUGGAUUUAUGGGGUGAUUUUGUUUGCGGGGAAAAUUUU